AAUAGCUCAGCAACCGCAUAAACAAGAUGGUGCAAGAUGGUGUGUACUGUGAAAGAGGGAUGCUCUCAUGAACCAAUUCUAUUAGGAAGAACAUAAGUCUAAAAUAAGAAGAUCACAUAUACCAGCUAGCCACGUUGAACCCAUGGUUGAAGAAUGAGGUGAUAAAAAAAGUUGUGUAUAUGCAAGAGUAGUCAUAAUUUUUUUUUUUAGUUCUUGGAAAUUUGCCCUUUAGUGACUAUUUCUUUAUCUUUAGCAGGAUUCCCUUCAUAGUCAUCAAAGUUUUAGCAUCUCAUACAUAGCACCUUGAUAGUUGAUAGAACAUGUGCAGACUAUACCAAUCAAAUAGAAAAAGAACUUAUGCAAACUAUUGUUUAUCCAUCCUAUAGAAGAACACUGGGGGAAGAACAUGUCAGCAAGUUGUAAUUUGUGACCUAAUCUAUAGGGACCUCCGUAGAUUUAUAAUUUCCACUUCAUAAUUUCUCAUGGAAAUUCUAUCAGAUCUUUGAUGUAUGCACAUUCAUAGGACAAAUCUCGUACUAAUACAUCUUCAUGGCAUCUAGCUUUAAUAUUCAACAUCUUCCUGUGUGAUGCUGGUUAAGUGAGAAAGGUGAGCUAAAAAUGAUUUCAAGUGUUAAAAGAUUAGAAACAUGGCCAAAAUACUGAUAAAUUUGCAGUCAGCACUACAUCUGGGCAGGAAUUAGUUUGAGGGGCCGAGAUCUAUGAAUUUAUACACCAUCCACAAGUUUCAAGAAGCAAUAUUGAUGAAAAUCAGAUGAGAUGAAUCAGACUUGCAUUCCUUGUUUGGCCUUCACUUUUACCCUUUCAAUUUGACUUCAAGGUGAUCACAAAGUUUUGCUCUGAGCGCAUUGCAAAAUAUGCCUUUGAAUAUGCGUACCUCAACAAUCGCAAGAAAGUGACCGCUGUGCACAAAGCAAACAUCAUGAAACUCGCUGAUGGUUUGUUUCUGGAGUCUUGUCGCGAGAUUGCUAGCAAGUACCCUGGUAUCAAGUACGACGAGAUCAUUGUGGAUAACUGCUGCAUGCAACUUGUAUCGAAGCCAGAGCAAUUUGACGUUAUGGUCACCCCUAAUCUCUAUGGAAAUCUGGUGGCAAAUACAGCAGCUGGUAUUGCUGGAGGCACAGGUGUAAUGUCAGGAGGUAAUGUUGGGGCGGACCAUGCCGUUUUUGAGCAAGGUGCUUCAGCAGGAAAUGAGAAGAUAGUGGAACAAAAAAAGGCAAAUCCUGACUAGAGACUGCAGUGAAGCAUGUAAUUGCAGAAGGUAAAUACAGGACCAAGGAUGUUGGCGGAGAUAGUACCACCCAAGAAGUUGUGGAUGCCGUAAUAGCAAAUCUGGACUGAAUUUCGAAAGUGAUCUCCCCGUGUGUUCAAGAUGAAGUGUUUAUUCACGCCAGAUGUUCUCCUACACCAUUAUUCUUGUGCUGAUUUUGGUUGUUCAGUACUUUUGGUGUCGCUGUUAACUUCAGAGAUGUCAUAUUUGGUCAAAGUGAUCGGUUCCUCGAUAGAAAUAUCACAAUAUGAAUCGGAAUUUCAUAAUUAUAGUAGCUGCUUAAUAAAUAUUGCGUAUAACUCGUUUCUGUGCAGCACAAAGAUUCUCGUCUCAGGAGGAAAAUUAAAAAUUUGAUUAUAGCAACCGGUGAAGUUUAGAAGCCCUCGAGACAGGUAACAACAACAACAACAUCCCAGUAUUACCCCACACCGCAAGCUCUCGAGAUAGGUCUUUGAGGUAUAAUCUCCACAAACUAGUUUCACUUGCACAAGCAUAUCAGAUGGAUUUUCUAAGCUGGGCGUUAUAUUCUAGUUCAUUUAUUUGGACCUUGAACAAUAAGGCUAGCAUUUUAAGUUCGCUACUCUUCGUUCCAAAAAGAAUUUUUUCCUUCCCUUUUUGGUUAAUCUAUGCAGUGUUUUUUCCCCAUAUUAAGACAGUUCCAAUACAAUGUAUACAGGAGCAAGAAGGUAUGCUUGAUCCUCUCUUUUCUUCUCAGUACAACUUUUUCACUAUUCUAUUCUCUAAAAAUAGUAGUCAAUGUAUGCGCAAAUGUUCACUGCACAAGUACUAACAAUUCACAUUUUUAACUCGUCUGAAUAGUCAUGUCAAGUCAACCUAAAGCAGUUGAUAUGGAAUGAAAGAAGUGUAAUUAUUAAAGCAAGCUAAGCACAUUUGGCCUUGCUGUUGGCUAAUCCUCCUACCAAGUGUUUGUUGAAUCAACAUUUCUGUUAUGAAUACACUGUAUUUGGAUGUCCAUUUAGUACUCCUUGAAGAAGCUUGCAUUCAAACAAGUAGCUUAAGCAAUUUAUGAACCUUCGUCUUCGUUGCUACUAUGCUAGCAACGAAGGAAAAGGUCAAGAAGAUUCAUAACGAACCCAACGAGAUCUAUGAAUAUCAUUCUAAUUUAAGUCUUAAACCCUUACAUUGUCCAGUUUGUAGUGAGAACUCGCAGAUGUCUCGAGUAAUAUCCAUUUUAGUGGAUGUAAUAACAAAACAAAUACGAUUCUUCUUUUAUUUAAAGUAUAUUGAUUUUUUGGAAAAAGAUUAUCCUCAUUUGCAAUUUUUAGCCUUAUAUUAAGUUUGGCAAAGAUAGCUCCAAAAAAUUGGCCAAAAUGUAUAGGCUAAAGGAUGAUGCAUUUGGAAGCUCAAUUGCGGGCCCCAGUGUAGAUGGGUAUUAAGACCUGCAUAUUAUUGGGCAACAUUAUUCAAUUGUAUGGCCCAUGUCGUCUUAGGACAUAUGAUUGUCAAGACAAAUGUAGCUAUCAGUACUAUAUAUUACAAACGUUUCUAACUUUGAUGCCACUAUUAAGAUAUUGACACUGAUAUUUUCAACAAAAAAUCAAUCACGUGGAGACGAAGAGAUGUAAAAAAAUCAGGGAGGGACUUGGGAAAAGCCACUGAUAGAGGAUUGCGUGUUCUGAUCAAGUAAUGCAAUCUGUUUAAGUACCUAAUCCUGAUUAGCAUCCAAAUCUGGUAAUACUGGAAAGCGACAUU